AUGGGCCCCUGUACCGCCUCCUCAUGCUGCUGCCAGGCCCGUAAUCUGCCAUGGGCCCCAGUACCGCCUCCUCAUGCUGCUGCCAGGCCCGUAAUCUGCCAUGGGCCCCUGUACCGCCUCCUCAUGCUGCUGCCAGGUCCACAGUCUCUCAUGGGUCCCUGUACGGCCUCCCAUUGCUGCUGUCUCCAUCGCCACACUCUGCCAUGUGCCACUUUCAGGUCUCCUCACACUGCUGGUGUGUUCCAUUUUUUGUCAUAGGGUGCUGGCAGAUUACGGGCCUCCCAUAGCUGCUGCCAGGCCCCUAAUCUGCCAUGGGCCCCUGUACCGCCUCCUCAUGCUGCUGCCAGGUCCACAGUCUCUCAUGGGUCCCUGUACGGCCUCCCAUUGCUGCUGUCUCCAUCGCCACACUCUGCCAUGUGCCACUUUCAGGUCUCCUCACACACUGCUGGUGUGUUCCAUUUUUUGUCAUAGGGUGCUG